AUAAUGGUAAGAGAUAUUAAAAAUUAGAAAUUUUAAGAUGAAAACCCAAUACUAAUAAAAUGUAAUGUACUUGAAUAUUUUGUUCAUUAUUGAAGCUAGAGUGUUACCACAAUUCUCAUAAAUCCGUCUUCAGUAAUAUUAAUUAUUAUAUAACGAAUUCUGACUAGAUUGAAGACAAAAUCACAAUAUGAUCUAUUAUAAACUAAUUUGUAUAUUUUGUUCAGUGUUUAGUAGUAUUUACUGUUCUGAUUCAAGUUAUGAUACAAUAUCUGAUAUUUAUUUAGAACAUGAAUUAAUUCCCAAUGCUGGUUUCACCAAACGCAGUUCUAUUCUUGUCAAUUUGGAAUCUAGGAAUGAUGUUGUAUCUAUUUCUACAAUUAAUGAUUCAGACAUACAGUUAUUAAAACAACUAGCUUCUAAAAAUGAACUAUACAGAUUAAAAGUCACUGUCAAAACAUUAUCUGGCAAAGAAAUACAUUUUCUCACCUUUACUAGAGCAUGUCUUAUAGUUGGAUCUAAAUUAAAUGAUAUUCUAACAUUACAUUUGGAUCAUUUAGAUUCUCCAUUUGCAGUUAAUUUAGCUACUACAUCUAGCAACUGCAAUAGCUUUAAUGAAUUGAACACAAAUAACUUUACAACUACAGUAUUUUUCAGAAGACCAGAAAGCAGUCCAGUACCCGAUACAGCUACUUAUAUUCAAAAGAUGGAACGUGAGCGUGACGCAAGAGAAAAGGGAAAAUCAAGCAAUAACAAAUCAAUGCUUGGAAAAUAUUGGAUGUAUAUAUUACCAUUAGUCAUAUUUAUGAUGAUUGCUGGCGCAUCAAAUCCAGAAGCAAGACAGUAAAUGGAAAAAAUGUACUUCUAAGUUUUAAUUAUUUUAUUUUAUUCUUCAAUCAAUUAAUGGAGCUAUUCCAUUAGUGUCUUUAUAUUCAAUAAUUUAAAUUUCAUAAUAUGUACAUUAAGUGAUAUUAUUGUCUAUUUAAUUACAAUAUUGGAUUAAUAAUUAAUAAAUUAUUUAAUAAUAACUAAGAAAUA